ACAAUAACAUUCCACACCAAAGCACAGGAAGAAAUGGGAAGUUGCAGAAUCGAAUUAUAUUUUGUCUUCAUGAACUUUGAUCCAGAAUAUGAGCGUCUUCGAUCCAAAAGAACAGAACAAGGGGCUUAUGAGCUUGAUUUGUACCUAAGCAACAAGCAUGAUAAGCUGCUAGCGAGCAGACUUGAACCAGGAACGUAUAAGAAGCGAUUUUCUUUAGUUAUUGUGGAUGGGUUUGCAGUAGAGAUCACUGACGACCAGGCAAACACACUUAGAUCUGCAAAGGGAGUGAGGAUUGUAGAGAAGAACCAAGAGCUUGCAUAGUGUAAAAGAAGUAGAACUUAAUUAGAAGAUAGGUUCUCUGUUUUGUCAGUGCAGUGGUGAAAUUAAUGUGUUAAUAUGGUUUCUGUAAGUAUACGAUAUGAUUCUUAUGACA